AUGCUACUGGGAUGCUCUCUGUGGAACUUUCGUAGCAGAGCCGUCUUCGCGGAUAAGCCAUCGCAUACUACCAUGCUAUCAGGGACCUUUUUGUGGUGUACUUCCGUAUCUGUAGCUUUACGUUUGAUAGACUACAGUAACACGCGGCAUGAUUGCAGUCGACGUACAAGCGUGUGGUGGCACGCACCCAACAAAGGACAGCUCUGCGAAGCGCCGGCACAUGCCUGGGCGGACGAACAUGUGCAGCAGCAGCAGCAGCAAGUGUGCUCCAUGCACCGUAAAUGCGUCAUCUACAGUGCAUACAAUAGGACUUCUCGGCGGCUCCGGCUAUCAGGCAGCUGCUCAUUUCUGUACAUGACAGCAUGUCGCAAUGACCAAAGAGGACAGGACCGUACAGUGUAUGAGUUCGCGAAGAGUGAGUGCAUCGAGAAGACGGAACAGUGCUAUUUUGCAUACGCCUACCCAUACCACCAGCGGGCAAUAGAGCUUUUCGUGCGGUAUCUGGUGCAGAGGUCCGCAGAAGAACGUUUGCUGCUGAUGUGUGUCUCCGCUUCGCGAGCUUACCUUUGUGCAGCUGAUCCUGCGCGAGAGGUCUACGUACGGCCUAGCUGCUUGCAGUCGGGCCCGCGCCCCGUUGCCGUCCGACGUUCCGCCGGAUUAAGGAAUCUGCGGCCGGCGCGAGAUUCCCUUAACGGCACGCGCCGGCGCUGCACGUCAUACACUGUGCGUCAAGUGCGGAGAAAAGCGUGGAUUGACACGAGUGUGUGCGACAUCGAUGCGUGGUCUCUUACGUCUGCCGCGCGCGAUGUGCACACGCCGAGACGAGAGCAUCGAUCCACGGAAAAUCUACAUGGUCACCUCAUACUCCGGCAAUACAGCAUCCACCCAGGAAUGAAUGGCGCUGUCACGCUGUACUCCUGUGAGAGCAUCGACUCACGGGAAAACGCCAUGGUCACCUCGUACUCUGGCAUGACAGCAUCCACUGAAGAACAAAUGCCCCUGUCACGCCGUACCCCGUGA